CUUUUCCACGUGCAGCCUCUGCAACCAGCAUGGCUGGCGAUGGCAGCCUGAAGAGCGGGCAGGCGGCGGGACGCCUCGCUUCGGCCUCGAUCUCGCAGCCGGGCAGGCUCCUGGGGCAGAGUCGGCAGUUUCUGGACUAUUUCUGGGACAUCGCCAAGCCCGAUCAGGCGAUCCGUUUGAAGGCCACGGAGGGGCUGCUGAACUACUUGCAGGAAAACAAGAAAGAUGAUGAGUUUUUAAAGUAUACAUUGAAGCGUUUGAUUGACGGAUUGGGAGCAACCCGAGAAGUGGCCCGUCCUGGAUUCAGUUUGGCAUUAGCACAGGUAUUGCAAGUUUUUGAGCAGCUGACUCUCCUGACAGUUCUGCAACAGAUUAAGGAAAAAUAUGAUCUCGGUAGAGUGAAGAAGAAACUUUUCAGGAACGCUCUGUUUGGAAACUUUUUUGGAGUGCUAGCUCUCUUCCAAUCCAGGCGCCUGUCCAAGGACUCCAAGGCUCUCCUUGAGUGUGUCCAUCUUCUGCAGAGCCUUUCUGACCACUAUGCCCAUCUUAAGGACCUCCCAAGGAAGACAUUAGUUGACAUUGUUUCUGAGAUCCCAGAGACUGUAUUUGAAAAGGUGCUUUACAAUAUCUUGGAGGAUGAACUUACUGCAGCUUUCAGCACUCCUGGUCAAUUGUACCUCCUGUUGGUGGGCAUCCAAAAAUUCCCCAAAGUUCUCGGACCAGAAAAGCUGAAGGGUCUCUUGGGCACAACCGCUGUUGUGACAGCUCAAAACAUCCCAAGGAUUGUGGAAGUUUUGAAAAUGGCAGCCAAAUCAGAGAGGAAGGACAAAGUCCUUCCAGCUGUAGGACUGGACCUGAUGAAAGUGGCAUUGAGAGAAGGAACCUUUGAACUGUUCUGGAAAGAAGCCGUAGAAAAUGGGCUGCUUAAAGAAAACGUCGGACCCUGCAGCUAUAUGUGUUUUCGAAUGCUGGGCAGUGUCCUCCCACUUCUUUCUCUCAGCCAGCUAAAGAUGGUUCUUCAAGGCGAAGCUAUGCGUCAGUAUGGAUUCCAUGUUGUCACGAGUAAGCUGCCUGAGAGGUUUAAAUUUGCCCCAGAGAUGGACGCCUACGUUGACUCAUUCCUAGAGGGAUGCAGCAGCCCUGAGAAUCAGUUGGCAGUGAUGGUUGCCUUCUCCACUCUCACCAACCAAGGUUAUCCAGUUGUGCCCACUUUCUGGAAAGUGGUGAGGCAUCUUCUUCCCACUGCUCUGCUAAAGUACAUUGACUGGCUGAAGAACAUGUUUCUCAAUCCAGACCUGGACUGCUGUGUGGAUUUUGCUACGAAGAGACAGAACGAGAAGAGAACGAGCAGUGUAACUGACCACAGCGUCACACGGCUAAGGAAAUGGAUCAUCUGCCGCCUCAUCGGAAUUGCCGAACACCCUCAGGUCAACAAGGAGGAUGAGCUUGUCAUGGACAUUUGCAGAUUCUGCUUCUUUCAUGCCUUUUUUAAGACCAAGAAACGAUUUCUGAAGAUAACAGAAACAAAAAGUUCUCCUUCAGUUCCUCUGAAUGAACAGUCUCGUACAGUAGCUGCGGACUCAUUUUUCAGUUUGCUUCAGCAUUUGAACACAAUGCCUGCCCUGGGAGACUCAGCCGAAGCCGAAGGAAUGAGGAAGAAGCACCUCCACGGUUUGACAGCUAGUGGAGACCCCUGGAUCCACUGUGUUGUGCAGUAUGCCAACCUCCUCCUUUCACACCAGGAACAGGUUAACAUGGUGGUUCCAUUUAAUGAUGAAGAGCGAGAGGCUUGGGACAAGAUGUUGCAGACCGUGGAAGCCCUGAAAAAAAGAGAUAAAAAAAGCCACAGCAUGAAGACCUCUGCCUUCCAACACCUGCUGCUGUUGGUUGGUAUUCACCUCUUCAAGUCUCCAGCAGAGUGCGUGAACCUUCUGAACGAUCUCCAGAAUUGUAUCAAGAGAGCCUUUGGUGAGAAGCCCAAGAAGAAAAAGGCAGCUACAACUGAUGAGGAAGGAGAGCCAGCGUGGGUUGAAGUGAUUGUGGAAGUUCUGCUUUCUCUCCUAGCUCAAUCCAGUGGGCUGAUUCGACGGGUCUGUAAAAACGUGUUUGGGCUCGUCUGCCAGCACAUGACGAAGGGUGCUCUGCAGCUCAUCCUAGACGUUCUGGAUCCACAACAAGAUCAGGAUGAAGAAAAUGCUGUUGUCGUCAUGGAAGAAACGGAGAAGAAGAGAAAGAAAUUGUCUCAAAAAAUUACAAAUCAAGAUGAAGAAAGUGGGGAGAGCUCUGAUGAAGACAGCUCCGAAGAAAGCGAUGAGAGCGACAAAGAGGCGUUGGAGACCAAUAGUGAGGGUGAGGACGAACCCGACGACAACUUCCGUGCCAUGCUGAGGAAUGUUUUACAAGCCGAGAAUGCGUUGGAAGGAGAUGACAGUGACGAGGAUGUGGAUGAUGAGACUAUGAUGUCCCUCGAUGAGAAGCUUUCAUCUCUCUUUACUGAGCAGAAGAAGCGCAUCCAAGCCAAGAAAGACGAGAAGGAAAAGUUGCGCAAGGAGAAAAUCUUGCGCCGGGACUUCAAAAUCAAGGUCCUGGAUUUGGUUGAAUUAUUUCUGAUGAAGCAGGCAGGGAAUCCUCUUGUUUUCAGUGUCAUUGACCCUCUCCUUUCUGUGAUUGAGCACAGUAUGAGCUCAGACUCCAACAAGCAAGAACAAGAUUAUCUCCGGAAGACUGCUGAUAUUUUCACGAACAGCUUGUGUAGAUCCAAGCAAUACUGCAAAAAUGUGUCCUCUAUCCAGGAGGAACUGCACACCUUGCUAGAAAGUUUGGUGAAGAGAAGCUGCAAGCAGAAUGACUCUUCAGUAGCCCUCUAUUACUUCAGUGGAUCGUUGUACCUUUUCCGAGUAUUGAGGGGAAACGCACCAGCUGAUGAAAUGGCUUCAGAAGAUGCACAGACAAAAAAGAAAAAGAAAAAUCCAGAGGAAGGUGAAGGAUCACCUGGACAGCGUAUUGAUCUUGGCAGUGUGGAUCUGCAACGGGUGACUGCCGUGUACAAGGAAGCUUUGAACUUGUUUCUGACCAAACGCAAGAGCCCGCUGACGGGAGCCAUGUUUCUUGACUUGUUUGAACGCCAUCCGAUGAUGUGCAAACAAUUAAUUGAGGUAGUUGUCAAGUCGAUCACAGAUGGAGCCCGGCAGCACCAGCAGGCCCAGGCAUGUCUGCUUCUCCAGAAAGCCCUGCAAAAUAAGUAUUUUAAGCUUUCAUUGUCUGGCAAAGAGUGGGAAGAUUUCAUCAGAGAAAGCACCCAUCAAAUUACUGAGACAUUGAAGAAAGUGGGUGAGUUCAAAGUUAAGGUGGACCGGGAGAAGGUCAUCAAGUGUCUGGAGCUGUUGAGCUGCCUCAUCAAAAUAGUGACCCAACAGGCAAUCAGCAUAGAUCUGACUGAGCUUCGUGGCGUGCUCCAGACUCUGGGUCAGCAGGAACAUUUUGAGAAGUCCAUACAACUUGACAACAUGUACUGGAAUGUUAUGAAACUCCUGGGAUUUAAGCGGCCUGUGAAGGUAAAAGUCUCUGUUCAGCCUGCAAACGGAACUGUGGUUGAGUCCCUAAAGCGGAAGAAAAAGGGCUUUCUUCCAGCCACCAAAAAACGUCAGAACCGCAAAAAGGCCCAGCCCGGUCAGUCUGAGAGCAGCAGCAGAACCCCUGCUGUUGGUGAGGCUGAGGGUCCCUCAGAAGGAAAGAAGAAAAAAAGGAAGAGGAAGAAGAAGCGAGUGGCGGAAGAGGACGUGAGGGAAACAUUUGAGCAGGGUCCUCCAGCAAAGAAGAAGGCUCAGUCCCCGGGGACCACGAAAGGAGCUGCUGGGCCACGUGGCCAAGUGAAGAAGAAAAAGCAUCAACGCAAAGGAAAGAAAAAGGGGACUGACUGAAUUUUGGGGACAGACAGGACUGCUUUUAUCAACCUCUGGGAAAUGUGUUUUGAAAGUUGCGGGGGAAAUCUGCUUCUGGAUUCCAGCUGGCAGAAUUAAAACUGGUCUGCUGUAUUAUUUUGAUAAUGGACUCCAUCGCCAUAAACAGUCUUGGGACUUCCUACCUGUGAUGCCAGGAACAAUUUCCCCUCUCCCAAUUCAUGUCAUCUGGCAUGGCUUCCAGAAGAGCCAAGCUGCAAACAGCAUAACACAUUCUGGAUUUAUAUGUGUGAAUGAGUUUAAUUUGAUGAUCCCAGCAGUGUAAUUUAUAAAUUGCUCCUGGAAAACGAGGUGCUUUGGAGCAGACUCCUUGUAACGUCUGGAUCAGUUCCAGCUCCUUGGUUUUAAUAAUAGAAGGCAUCAAGCUAUGAUGUUGAAUAUAGGUUGCUUUGGUUACUUGGAGUUAAAUGACAGAAGUUAUAUUUCUGAAUAAAAAAAUAAAAAUAUUUUUUAAAAUCUUUAUAAAAUUAAAGACUAAAAUGACAUGCCUUGGCUCAGAUGUGUUUGAAAAAUUUGUACUUUUUGCACGUUUUGUCUUAGAAUGGGUGAAACUUCUUACAAUAAACAGACAGUGCGUACA